AUGAAGUUUAGCACUAUAGCGUGGCUGCUGCCCUCUUUGGUGGUGGGUGUGGCCCAGGCCGUGCCCCAUGCGCAAAGAGAUACGGUAUCCAAGGUGGUCAAGAGGGGCAUCGAGUACACUGUCUAUCAUCAUGCAGCUACUAGAGCCAACUUGGAGAUAGUGAAGAACUCGGGAAUCUGUGAGACCACACCUGGGGUCAAUCAAUACUCGGGCUAUCUCUCUGUUGGGGAGGAUAUGAACAUGUUCUUCUGGUUCUUUGAAGCUCGACACAACCCACAAACAGCACCUUUGACGGCUUGGUUUAAUGGUGGUCCCGGUUGUUCGUCCAUGAUUGGUUUGUUCCAGGAGCAUGGACCGUGUCGAUUUGUCAACAACGAAACGACACCGUCCUUAAACCCCUACAGCUGGAACACCUACUCAAACAUGAUCUACAUCGACCAGCCCAUCGGAGUUGGAUUUUCGUACGGUAACAAUGCUGUCAAUAGCACGGUCACAGCUGCUCCGUAUGUAUGGAAGCUGUUGCAAGCCUUCUUCGCUCAUUUCCCUGAGUACGAGAACCGCGAAUUCAAUCUAUUUACCGAGUCAUACGGGGGUCACUAUGGCCCUGAAUUCGCUCACUACAUCCAGCAACAGAAUAGCGGGAUCCAAGCGGGCGCUGUGACGGGGAAGACUAUUCAGAUCGGGUCUCUUGGCAUCAACAACGGCUGGUUUGAUUCCACGAUCCAAGAGAAAGCCUACAUCACCUACGCGUUGCAAAACCCCUACCGUCCUCUAAUCAAUGCCUCUGCUGGAGCCAAGUAUUACAAGGACUAUCAGCAGUACUGCGUUCCCGCCAUUGAGCAAUGCACUACCUUUGGAACAGACGCUGCGUGCCGCAUGGCCGGCAACGUCUGUGGCGACGUGAUCGAUAGUCCGAUCACGGAGUCCGGCAAUUGGGAUGUAUAUGACGUGCGCGAGCGCUCAAAUGACCCUUACCCGCCCUCGACUUACCAUAACUACCUGAACAAGGAGAGCGUGAAGCGCGCGAUUGGGGCCCGCCAGAACUAUUCCGAAUGUUCUAACGCGCCAUCCUAUAAAUUCUCUACGACAGGUGAUGACACCCGCUCUUUCCUCUCCACGCUUUCCGACGUGGUGCAGACCGGAAUCAACGUGCUACUCUGGGCCGGUGACGCGGACUGGAUCUGUAACUGGAUCGGCGGGUUCGACGUAGCCAACGCGGUCGAGUUCGCGGGACAGACGGUUUUCCAGAACAAGACUCUCCAGCCUUAUAGGGUGAACGGGACGGAGAAAGGUACCUUCAAGACGGUCGGAAACUUUACUUUCCUCCGAGUGUAUGAGGCUGGGCACGAGGUUCCCUACUACCAGCCGGAGACUGCUCUUCAGGUGUUCUCACAAGUUAUCCGGAAAGUGCCUAUCUUCUCAACCUAGGUGCUCUCUGAGGUGGGAUCAUUUGUGCGGCGAUCAUGGGUGAUGGGGAUGCUCUCGGAGCAGGAAGGAGUAUAGAAGCUAAGCUAAUGUACAGGGAGUGACGAUGAGAAGUACCUGCCUUGGAUGCACCGAAAAGGCUCUCGGUGGGGAAUAAUCAAGCGGCGGGCCAAGCACUCAGCCGUAACCGGCGGAUAUUGCGCAAUGUCCACAAUGUAUUUUGUGCAUUGGUCUUGGUAAUAUAACCCAGUGACUGUGAGCUUUCGCACGAUUGGCGAUUCUUCCAUGUUUUCGGGGAUUGCCCAGGUGCAUAAUCGGGGAUGAAGAUGCUGCAGCGAGGCACUGAGCGGCAGCCGCGGGAUUCUGCGCGUGGACUGCGGUCAGAUGAGCGUUCUAGCCCGGCAAAAGCACGGACUGCGGUUGGAGUCGGAUCUAGCUUUGUAUCGGA